CUUCUUCUCUGUAGACUUAGAAGUUUCUAAUUUCACCGAAAAUCAGAGAAAUGGGAAAAACUAUAUAUAUAGCACUACAUAGCUGUCAUUGGGAGAGUUGUGAGCACGCAAUAAUACUCCUCUAAAGAAGCACAAAAUUUCCCCUUUUUGCAUAUUAAACUCUCUCCAUCAACAUUUUAUUCAGUUGUCAAUAAUUGACUGCGAAUUUGAUUCCCGAGAUCGGCUCAGGUGUUCUUGAAUACUCAAUUUUUGGGUGACUCUGUUACAAUGGGUUGCGUUGGAUCCUCACGUACCAAAGGAGAUGAAACUGUAAGGAAGAUAAGAAAACCAAAGCCAUGGAGACACUCAGAACCGAUAACAAGAGCUCAGCUUCUAAAAAUGCGUGAGGAAUUCUGGGACACUGCACCACACUAUGGGGGGAAAAAAGAGAUCUGGGAUGCGCUACGUGCUGCUGCAGAGGCAGAAAUAGGCCUUGCACAAACAAUCGUGAACAGUGCUGGGAUAAUUGUUCAAUCCACUGAUUUAACAGUCUGCUAUGAUGAGAGAGGUGCCAAGUAUGACUUGCCCCAAUAUGUUCUGAGCGAACCAACAAAUUUGACUGGUGAAAACUGAGAAGGCAAUAUAAUCAAGUGUUCAUGCUUCAUCGAGACUGUAAAUGCUGUAAAUUGCUCUCACAAGUCAUCUCUCUCAAAUAUUCAUUUCGUUUCCUGUUUCACGACAUCAAGAAUCGUCUGUCACAGCAGCAACAUGCACCAUGAUAUUCUUUUGGACAUAAUAUCUCUAGCUUGAAGAGGCCUUAGCAUAAGUUUCAAUUUCAUGAAGUACAUUUUGUCUAAAAAUUCUCUUCCUAGUGCUCUUUUUGACAAAGUAGAUGAGCAAAACUUGAUUGUACACUCUUUUGAAUUCUUGAGCUCUUACCCUGUUAUAUUCGCGAUAAGGGGUUCGGAGUGAUGUUCUGUACUCCUUAUUAAGAGGUUUAGAUGUACUAAUGCUGCAGAAAUUUGUCAAUUUUGAGUCAAGCAACCUACCUCU